CCUUCCCCCCGUUGUCUUCUGCUCUCCCAACAGAACCCUGAUAUCGUGCUCGUCCACUAUUUGAAUGUCCCUGCCAUUGAGGACUGUGGGAAACCGUGUGGACCGAUUCUGUGCUCCAUCAAUACGGACAAGAAGGAAUGGGCCAAGUGGACCAAGGAGGAGCUGAUCGGCCAGCUCAAGCCCAUGUUUCAUGGCAUCAAGUGGACUUGCAGCAAUGGGAACAGCAGCUCUGGCUUCUCAGUGGAGCAGCUAGUGCAACAGAUUCUGGACAGCCACCAAACUAAGCCACCUCCCCGGACUCACAACUGUCUCUGCACGGGUACUCUGGGUGCUGGGAGCAGCGUGCACCACAAGUGCAACAGUGCCAAGCACCGCAUCAUCUCCCCUAAAGUGGACCCCCGCUCGGGAGGCUACAGCAGCGCCCAUUCCGAGGUCCAGAACAACGAUGUGUCCGAGGGGAAGACCGAGCACAGUGGCCACGGCGCGGCCAAAAGUUCCGGGGGAGGCGGCGGCGGCACCAGGGAGAAACGCAACGGCAAAGUCCACAAGCCCGUGCUGCUGCACCAGAACAGCACAGAGGUGUCCUCCACCAACCAGGUGGAGGUCCCCGACACCACGCAGAAUUCCCCGGUGUCCAUCAGCAGCGGCCUCAACAGCGACCCGGAUAUGGCCGACAGCCCCGUGGUGACGGGGAUGAGCCACGUGGCCUCUGUCAUGUCCGGUCUGUCCCAAAACGUUUUCAUGCCCGAGGUUGCCGGGGACCCCGUCUACAGCAUGUCUCCCACUGGGGGUCCGAAUACUCACCUGAUGGGGGCGGACGCCACUUCGCAGGGCCUGGUUCUGUCCGUGACCGCUGAUCGUCACAAAUUCGCCUUCCCCGGAGGAGGCGUGGGGGAACCUGGGACCACCACCGCCGGAGACGGUCUGUCCAUGCUGUCCACGGCCGGGGUGUCCGAGGAACUGGUGCUGACCAGCAGUCUGGACUCUGGAACCAUCAAGAUACCGGAGACUAAUAUGAACUUCGACCCCGACUGCUUCCUGAACAACCCCAAACAGGGACAGACCUACGGCGGCAGUGCGAUGAAGACCGAGGGCAACUCCUCCUCUAACUCCUCCUCCUCCGGGGGGGGCGGCAGCACCAACGGCAGCCUGCAGCGCUCCCCCCCCAUGUCGGACAACGGCUACACCUUCAGCUCAGCUCUGGUGAAGAACAUCAAGACCGAGGACACGUCCUUUGAGCAGCAGCUGGCCAAAGAGAGUGGCUACCAGGUGGGGGGAGUGGUCAGCUGUGGCAGUGGGGUGUCCGUGCCGUCCGGCGCGGGGUCAGGUCCGGGCAGCCUCGGUCUGUCCGCAGCCGGCACCCUGCUUCCCUCCGGUGGGGGUCUGAGUCCGAGCACUACCUUAGAGCAGAUGGACUUCAGCGCCAUCGACGCCAAGCAGGACUACACCUCCAAUGCCACCACCGUGAGCUACGGCCAGGCCCUGUCCAGCCCCCACAUGCAGCACCAGAGUCGCUCGCCGAGCUUCUUCCUCCAGGAUGCUUCUCAAAGCGGCCAGGCUCAGCAGGGGAGGCCGGGCAUGGGCCAGAAAACGCACUUGAUGGAGCACAACUCCCAUGACUCCGGCGCUUACAUGGGGCUGCAGGUGGUGAAAACGGACUCCCCCGGCAGCAACGGCCACCUCCACCACCACCACCCGGCCCACCAGUCUCAGCACAGAGCCAACUGCAACGGGGGCUCGCCCGCUGAGGGCCAGGCCGGCUCCCUGCAGCUGCUGCAGUACCAGGGGAGCUUUCCGGGGCUGGGCUCUGAGCACGAGGAGGUGGUGGGUCUGGAGCAACCCGGCGGCGUGAACGCAGCUCCGAGCGGAGCCGCGGAGAACGGGGCCGACGCCCUACUCAAACAGGGAGACCACAUUCAGGCCUGCGGAGCGGGGAACGGAGAGGGGAGAGGAGGAGCGGAGCACUACCUGCAGCAGGCCUCGGAUGGGGGCGGCGGAGGGGCCGGGGGCGCGGGGGACGGAGUAGCCAUUCACAACGGGAAUAACGGCGGCGACGGCAGCGGCCGCUCCCAGCAGCAGCAGCAGCAGAUGCAGCCUCUCCUCCAGGGCACCAGCAUGGUUCAGGGACUCUACAACGCGGUGGGAACCCACCAAGGCCUGGGUGGAGCGGCCAGCAACGGAGGGGCGGGGGGAGCGGGGAUGGAGAUCAGCCUGGACCACUUCGAUAUUUCCUUCGGCAACCAGUUCUCCGACCUGAUCAACGACUUCAUCUCGGUGGACGGCAGCGGGGCGGCCAUGUCGGCCGGAGGGGCCCUGUACGCCCACCAGCUGGUCACUUCCCACAGCUCGGAGAGUCAGAACGCCGGCGGGGCCCCGCAGCAGGGCCAGGAGGACGGAGGGGCCCGGGGCUCCGGCUACAGCCCCUCGGAGCUCUGCCUUCAGCCCUGCUGCAGCCCCCAGUCCCUGAGCGGCGGGGCGGGCGCGGCCGGCGGCGCGGGGGAGGCCGGGUCACUGUCCUACAUGAACGUCGCAGAGGUGGUGUCGGCAGCCGUCGCCCAGGGCGCCCUGGGGAUGCUUCAGGCCACAGGCCGCCUCUUUAUGGUCACCGACUACUCCCCAGAGUGGUCCUAUCCCGAGGGCGGAGUUAAGGUGCUGAUCACUGGUCCCUGGCAAGAGGCCAGCUCAAACUACAGCUGCUUGUUUGAUCAGAUCUCAGUGCCAGCCUCCCUUAUCCAACCCGGGGUGCUGCGUUGCUACUGCCCAGCUCAUGAUACAGGUUUGGUGACACUACAGGUGGCCAUCAGCAACCAGAUCAUCUCCAAUUCUGUGGUGUUUGAGUACAAGGCCCGCGCUCUCCCCUCACUGCCGUCAUCUCAGCACGAUUGGCUCUCUCUGGACGGUACGGAGCCAUGGGCAGGACAGAAAAAGCUGCCGGAGCCGCAGAGCGCUCCGGUGGCUCCAAAUAAGUCCCUGAGCUCACAUUCCACCAUCCGAGCCGGGAGAGGGGGGCUCAAACAGCCAACCACAACCCCGCACAGCCACACACUGACCGUCAGAGAGCAGGGGAGCGUUCUGAAAAGCAGUGGCUCUAAAGCCGAACUGCGGCGGCAUGACAAACGGCAGAGCGCGUACCCAACACACAAAGCAGGCGCGCAGGAGGGGGGCGUGUUUGGGGGGAAACAUGGUAAACUCCCCAGCAAAAUUGCUCAAAUUCUAGUUUCAGACAGCAGCAACUGA